CCCAAAUACGACUGUUUCGAGCGAGGCUUCAUCUCAGACACAGAGAGAGAAAGAUAUUUAGAGAGAGAUAGAGAGAGAGAGAGAGAAGAAGAAGAAGAGACACACAGACGCAUCGUUGAAGGAAAUAACGAAUUAGUAAUAUUUUUAUUUUUAUCUUAAAUUUUUUUGUGUAAAUAUAAAUAUAUCCUAUUUACUAUUUAUAUAGUUCUGUCUCUCUCCUCGCUCGCUCUCUCUUGGAGUCUUCUUCUUCUUGUGCCCUAGAUCUUUAACACCUAUAACAAAAACUCUUGAGUGGCUAGAUCUUUUGAUUCGUUACCCUAGUUCGUGAUAUAGGAAUCUUGGGGUCAAUCCAGGUUCUUCCUCAAUCUGUCAAUUGGAGGCUGGUGGUAGUCUCUUAGGUAUUGAUAUCUUAGAAAGAAGUGUUCUGGAGGGAAAUUAUGAAAAGGGAGUGAGUUGUUUUCAGACUAAGUGAUGCAUUAAAUUCAAGAUGAAGACAGCUCAGGCUUGGCGUCUACGCAUGAAAGACAUGCAGAUCUUGCAUGCGCCCCGCCAACGCUCUCAUUUAAAGAAGCCAACGUGGAUAAUCAUAUUGGUUUCAUUGGUCAGCAUCUUCUUAAUUUGCGCUUAUAUUUAUCCACCCCAGAAUUCUGCUGCCUGUUAUGUGUUCUCUUCCAAUGGUUGCAAGGCUUUUUCCAAUUGGCUUCCACCUGCUCCUACAAGGGAACAUACUGAUGAAGAAAUUGCUUCUCGUGUCGUAAUUAGGGAUAUUUUGAAUACACCGACAAUUGAAUCAAAGAACCCUAAAAUUGCUUUCAUGUUCCUGAGCCAGGGUACUUUACCUUUUGAGAAGCUAUGGGAUAAGUUUUUUCAUGGGCAUGAUGGCAGAUUCUCUGUCUAUGUGCAUGCAUCUAAUGAAAGGCCAGUACAUUCGAGCCGUCACUUCAUGAAUAGUGACAUUCGCAGUGACAAGGUAGUGUGGGGAAAAAUUUCAAUGGUUGAUGCAGAGAGACGACUUUUGGCAAAUGCACUGAAAGACCCUGAUAACCAGCAUUUUGUUUUACUUUCUGAUAGUUGUAUUCCACUGCGCAAUUUUGACUUUGUAUACAACUAUUUGAUGUACACAAAUAUCAGCUUCAUCGACAGCUUUGUGGAUCCUGGUCCGCAUGGAAAUGGCAGGUAUACAGAGCAUAUGUUACCUGAAGUUGAGAAGAAAGACUUCCGGAAGGGCUCACAGUGGUUCACAAUGAAGCGGAAGCAUGCUUUGAUCGUAAUGGCCGACAAUCUGUACUACUCAAAAUUUCGGGAUUACUGCAAGCCAGGUAUGGAUGGGCGAAUCAAUUGCUAUUCUGAUGAGCAUUAUCUGCCAACAUUUUUUCAAAUGUUUGACCCUGCUGGAAUUGCAAACUGGUCAAUAACGCAUGUUGAUUGGUCUGAAAGGAAGUGGCAUCCAAAAUCAUAUAGGGCUCAGGAUGUUACUAAUGAGCUCAUGAAAAAUAUUACAUCUAUUUAUGAGAGCGUGCAUGCUACAAGUGAUGAAAGGAAUGAAAUACAGAUUAGAUCUUGCUUAUGGAACGGAAUCAGACGACCAUGUUACUUAUUUGGAAGGAAAUUCUUACCGGAAACUUUAGAUAAUCUGAUGCUUCUUUUUCCCAAUUAUACAACAAUUUGAGUGGAUAUCAUUGAUUCUAAUUCUUUGGUCGGAUCAGCAGUUGCUCUCGGCCCCCUUCUUCUUCAAUUCUCAUGUAGUUUACAGUGUUGUAAAGCACCUCAUUGUAGAAGGAUUGAAUGCUCCCCGUCCUGGCUUCUUUUUGAGUGCAAGGGCAACUGGCAGAGCAGUUAGGGUGAUUUGAGUCGAAGCUGUUGCAAAAGUUCCUUCCUUGGGGAUGGGUGAUGUAGUAUUUUAUCUUUCCCCUCCAAUCUGGGCUUAUUUUUGGUUAUAUUCUAGUUAUGGAACAGAAAUUUUGGGGACUUAUUUUGUGAAAGCUGAAAAUAUGUAGUUGCAAAAGUUGUGUAGUCACGGGCAAUGGUGUGUCCCUCAAUUGGCCAAAAUAUAAGACCUAAUUCCAGAAAAUAA